AGUGCCUUGGUACUAAACAAACCUGAAAAAUCUCCCCCUAUGAAUCAUUUCACCAGCGAAAGAUCCAGCUCAAGAAGGUUUAAUAGCUUUUUUAAAAACAUAGUCUUCAUAUUCAUGAUCUAGCCAUGGAAAGUUUCAGCUGAGAAUAAACAAACCCCAGCGACUGAAGGCAGGGAACGAAUAAGACAAUUUUAAAGAACUGUUUGGUUUUGAUCUUCCGAGUCAAACAUUUUGAGAAAGAACCCCUAAGAAUUAAUGUUGACUUCUCUUUGAGUUUCGUUAUGGAAGAAAAAACUCCACAAGACUUGCUCUUCAGAGACCAAAAUUUCUCCUCUGAACUGCUAAAGCAGCUUAAUGUUUUACGGCAAAACAGAGACUUAACUGACGUCAUUCUAUGCACGAGUGACAUUGAAAUCCCUUGCCACAAGAAUGUGCUUGCUUCAAGCAGCCCUUACUUCAAGGCCAUGUUCUGCAAUAACUUUAUAGAGAGCAGUCAGGAAAAAGUCAGCCUCAUAGGUAUUGACUCAGGCAUUCUCCACUGUAUUAUCACUUAUGUCUAUACUGGAGAGAUUCUCAUAACAGUGGAGAACGUUUUGCAUCUGUUGGAGACUGCUUCCAUGCUCCAAUAUGCAAGACUAUUUGAGGCCUCUUCGGCCUACCUCCAGGACCAGCUGACUCCAGAGAACUGUCUCAGCCUCAUCAGGCUCUCAGAAAAUUUGUACUGUGAGACUCUCAAGAAAAAAGCAAAAGCAAUGGCUCUGAAGUGUUUCCCUGAAGUAGCCACUUCUGAAGACCUGAAAGAACUUUGCGCUUUAGAGUUGUUAAACUACCUGGGCGACGAUGAGCUCUGCGGAGAGGAGGAGCAAGUCUUCGAAGCACUCAUGGCAUGGGUUCGGCACGACGUCCAGGCCCGGCAAGGCUACAUCCAAGACUUGUUCAAGAAGGUAAGGCUUCAGUACGUCCAUCCUACCUUCUUUUUCCACUUCAUUGCCAACAACUCUCUCAUCCAGUCGUCACCCACUUGUCGAAGUAUCCUGGACCUGGCAAGCAGACAGAUGUUUUCUUUGUAUAGCACUAGUGCUCCUGAUGUCAAACCUAUGUGGCAUGUUCCACGGCGAUAUUCAUACCGAGAGUUCCUCCUCCUGGUCGGUGGUCGGAAGGACAACCAGCAGACCAUGAGGGAUGUAUUGCUGUAUGACGAGAAGACGAACCAAUGGCUGAACCUCGCCAAAUACCCAACACGUCUCUAUAAGGCCUCUGCAGUGAGCUUGCACAGUAACGUCUAUCUCCUUGGGGGCAUCCCCAUCGGCAACGGGAAGGGGCAAGUUAGUGACAAUGUUUACAUCUUCUCACUCAAACUUAAUCAGUGGCGGCCGGUCGAGCCCAUGCUAGUUCCACGCUAUUCCCACAGGAGCGUUGCCUAUAAAAACUACAUUUUUGCCAUUGGUGGUGUUGGGGAGGACCAGGAAAUCCUAAAUUCCAUGGAAAGGUAUGACAGCAUCUACAACGCCUGGGAACAUAUGACGAAUAUGCCUGUUGCUGUUCUUCAUCCCGCUGUGGCUGCCAAAGACCAAAGAAUCUAUCUUUUUGGAGGAGAGGAUAUUAUGCAAAAUCCUGUCCGGCUAAUACAGGUAUACCAUGUAUCUAGGAACAUGUGGUUCCGAAUGGAGACUCGGGUGGUGAAGAACGUCUGUGCACCAGCAGCUGUGAUUGGAGACCGGAUUUUCAUAGUUGGAGGGUAUACUCGGCGAGUCAUUGCUUAUGAUACUAAAACCAAUAAAUUUGUGAAGUGUGCAGACAUGAAGGACAGAAGGAUGCAUCAUGGCGUGGCGGUGAUCAACGAGAAGCUGUAUUUGACAGGAGGCCGCUGCCUCACCAUCGACAACGCCAUUGAAGACUCUGAUUCACUCGAGUGCUACGACCCCAAGACAGACACCUGGGCUUCAAAGGGGAAACUGCCACACAAACUGUUUGACCACGGAUGCCUGGCUCUCCAGAGUGUGCCAUACUCCAGCCUCUUAUGGGAGGAGGACUGAGGGAAAUCGGUGUUGUCUUCUUCAAGAGAAAAUUACAGAUUAUUGUCUGCUUGGUGAAUGCUGUUACCCAACAGCCACCAAGGAAACCACCAAGAAGGAAUUGAUUGCUGAGGCCACAGAGCAAAGUAACAAUUCCCUAUUUCUGGUCCUGCCAUGAAGUCAAGUUAGCUGUCUACUCAAGCUGUAAAUUUGAGGUAAAUAAAAGGGCAGUAAAUGGUCUAGGUGGUUUUUUUUACCAUGAGGGGAAUUUUUUAGAUUUUUCAACCUCCAGCAACAAACCAUUCCCCCCCCCCAUCAAUUCUGAGUUGACCCCUUUCUUCUCAGCCUCAAAAAAGGCUUUCUGGGAAAUCUGAGCCACAAGAAGUGAGGGCAAAUAUAACGUAACAUGGUGCAGUACCCUAGCAAUGCCAUCCAGGCAACAGUAUCUGUUGAUUGUUUUGUUGGUCCUCAUGGGUAUGACCUUAAAUCUAAGUGUUGCAGUCUCCACCAGACAAUUAAAGGAUUAUCUGCUUAUAUUCAGUGUUUCGUAGACAGAGUAAUGAAUGCAGCAGCUAGGAAAUGCAUUCCUUCACCUCAGCCUAUGGCACUAAGGAGCCAGUCAAAAAUGGCUGAUGACAUCCAGAGGUUAAAUAUCUUUGGGCCAUUAGAAGAUUCUAAAGUAGAAGGAGAGGGCCCUGAUGUGGAGACAGGGAGUUGUGUGAAAGGUAGAACAGGGAGAAACAGACAGGAAGGACUACCACCACCCCCAGCCUGGCAAAUCUCUCAUGGGAAGGGCUGAUCCCAGUCCUUUAGCCCCACCGGAAGGGAGGCCAGCGGCAACCUGCUUGAAGACAAGGAGGGGGAGACUGUGACUUGAAGAAAGCCAGCUCCAGCUGACUGACCUGCUGGAAGGGACUUUGUUGUGAGUUUUCUUACAUGUGUGUAUCCUAAUAAAGAAAAGACUCUUCUGCAUA